GGGGAUAGAAAAUUGAUGUAUUGAUGUCAAUUUAAUGUCAUUUAAUAGUGUUUUUGUACAAAUUACUUUUUUUUAUAAAAUAAGAUUUUGAAGGUGAAAUAAGAUGAAAUCGAAAUCGAAAAUAGUACAACCAAAAAUCGAUGAAUCUCUCCCUCAAGUUGAUAAUGAUAAUGCUGAUAUAGAAGUGCAACCAACAUCGAAAUACGAAAAGAAACUAAUUGAGUUUAUUAAAAGCGGCCAAGCUGAUAGAGCUAAAUUUGAAUAUAUUCAUAUUGAAGGUAGAACACCAAAGCUAAAAACAGAAGAUUUAGAAGGUGAUAUAUCACAAGGUGAAUGUAAUUUAUACGACACCGAAAAGUUGUGUACUCUUUUUAAGCAAUUACUAGAAAUAGAUUCAAAAAUGGAAGAUAUGCAAGCGAAAAAAUCUCGCGUUGAUUUAGCAUCUCUUCCGACAAGACAAUAUUUGGACCAAACAGUAGUUCCGAUUUUACUUCAAGCGUUAUCAUAUUUGGCAAAAGAAAGGCCUCCAGAACCGAUAAAUGCCUUAGCGGCUUACCUAUUAAAACAUAAACAAGUGUUUGAUCCAUCGCCAGAUCAAUCUCCGAAAGAUGGAAGUGAUAAAAAGGACAAGGAUAAUUUACAACAACAACCUACUCAACAACAAACGUCCUAAACUUAAGGCUAUUUAUUAUUAAUUUUUUAAACAUAGAAGAAACACAUGGUAUUUUCUCUUCUAAUUUAGAAUAAUAAACAAAUUAUUGUAAUUAAA